UGGUGAUAGGAAGGCGAGCCUGCUGCCGAGAAAUUAGCUCAUCACACAUUGUGACAAUGGGAGUUCAAGGAUUAUGGGGUUACGCUGAUCAAAGGCCGGAAUUUUUCAGAGAUGUAAAGCUGACGAACACCAAGAUUAUCAUUGAUGGCAACAACUUUUAUUUUCAAUUUUACCACAACUCGAGUCUCGACGAGCGACAUGGAGGAGAUUAUGACUUGUACGUGGAGGCUUUAAAGAGGUUUUUCCAAACUCUAUCCGACUGCAACAUUCAACCGUACGUUGUUCUGGAUGGCUGCUGCAACCACACUGACCAGAAAUUAGAAACAACUAAACUGCGGGCCAAAGGGCACAUCAAAAGUGCACAUGACCUCUCCAUGGGGCGUGAAGGUAGGCUACUGCCACUGCUGACGAGGAAUGUCUUCAUUCAGGUCUUAUCGAAACUUGGGGUUCCGUUGGUCCAGUGCUUGUUGGAAGCUGACAAGGAGAUCGCUGCCUUGGCCAAUCAAUGGAGUUGUCCUGUCUUGUCAACAGACACGGAUUUUUGCAUCUUUGACCUCAAGGGAGGAUUUUGUCCCCUGACCCAGUUUAAGUGGGAGAACGCCUCACAGGGGCGCAUCCCGGCUCGGUGUUAUUUCAUCGAAAAUGUUUGUGCUAAUUUCAAUGGAAUGAAUAAGGAUCUCCUUCCUCUGUUUGCUGUGAUCAAUAGCAACGAUUAUUCCGAUAUGAAAGUGAUGUAUCGCUUUUACCGUCACGUGGCCUCCAGUAGCCACAUGUCAGCAUAUAGAGGGAAGAAGCAGGCCAUUAUCCAUAGCCUUCUGACAUGGCUGUCACCAUUCCAAGACCUAAAAGUUGCUAUUGAGAACGUGCUGAAUGUUCUGCCCGUCUCUGACAGAGAAGAGGUGCGAGAAUAUCUCUCCUCCCAAAUGCAGGUGUAUAAAAUACCAGAAAGAAAUCUGUCAGGUUUUUUCAUAAGUGGGUCGUCUACGACCGAUGACAUCCAGCUGAGAUCACUGGUGCCACGCUGGACUCUCGCCGCAUUGGAGAAAGCACAGCUGCCUAAAACGGUCGUCGAUCUUUUAGUUCUGCAACGGGUUUUCCUGAUUCCUCAAGUUGAGAACUCCAUGCGGCUGAACGCCCACACGUGCGCCCUGCCUAUCAGGAGAGCAUUUUAUGGGAUGAUUUUAAACAGAAGACGACACUCGUCGGUGAGUGGCCCUAGUGGUGAUGGAGUGGAGGCUGUGACGUGUGUCGUGGAAGAAUACGGCAGAGAGAAUGCAAACCUCACGAUGAGCCACGUGGAAGCAGCGCCGCCACAUUCAGCGAAAGGCAUUUCACUGGAGGAAAUCGAGAAGGUAAGGACUCUCUUUGGAAUUUCUUCUGGCUUCAUUUGGUGUUUUCUCUGGUCUUGUUUUCACGCGUUGUGGCUUCCAUUGGCUAGGUGCCUGCAGAUGUUCUUGGAGAUUCUGGGGGUCAGCUCUUCGACUGUGGAGGAAGUUCCUCGGCACCUGGUUUUACCCGUGUACGUCACCCACUUCUGGUUGAUUCACUCAGAUCCUCGUCCGAGCCUUCAGCAUCUGCAAGCAAUUCUGGUGGGAAUCGCACAUGGCUCAGCGGCUUCUCCAGGGUUGGCGCUUCAGGAACUUCGGACGAGCCGCCAGCAGCCCCUCGACCGGGAUGCCGCCCACAUCUUCAGCCAGUGGCAAGCGACUUUACAGAUAAGCCUGCAUCUGAAUCAGCUGCUGUGCCGUCCAUUGGAAGAGCCCGAAGUGUCCAGGCUUUACAGCGGCUCUCUGGUGCACGCCGUCUUCAGGAGGCUAAAUCUGUCGACUCCACCCAAGGUCCUGCUGUCAGGGUCAGCCUUUGAGAUUUUUGAGGUUCUUCUCCGGGCGGUGCAAGCUGCCAUCCCCAACAUUUUUUUUUCCCCCCUAGUACACUCCUACCCCUGCAACAGUCACUUCAUAAAUAAGUAAAGAAGGAACAGCAGACCACAGCUUCAGUCAACGUAAAGGAGAUCUCGGACACAUUCCAUCGGUGAGGAUCAACUGUCACCAGCCUGUUUAGCAGACUUAUGACCUGUGCCCUUUGCAGCUGUCCAACUUACGUCUGCUACCACGUCAGGCAGUGUGAGUGUUGCUAAGCUGGGCAUACAACAGUUUUCACCAUGCCAGCUCUCUUCUUUCUACUAUCUCUAGUUGGCGCUGUUGUAUGCUGUGACUCAAUCAUCUCAAUUUCUUACCUUCAGCACUUUCAGCUACCUUCAGUUUAUUAUCAACAGCGAUAAUAAAUUAUAACUCUAACAGUCAGUCAUCUUCCAACCCGCUAUACACAGGGUCAUGGGGGUCUGCUGGAGCCAAUCCCAGCCAGC